GAAUCUAAAAUUAAUUAUACUGAGUAAAAGAUGACAGACCAUAAAAAGAAUAUGCUGUAUGAUUUUAUAUAUAGAUAUACUCUGAAAAUGCAAACUAAUCUAUAGUGACAGAAACUAAACCAUUGAUUGCCUGGAGGUGAGACAGGAUAGGAGUGGGGGAUUACAAAGGAGCACCUCCCACCACCACCAACAUCUUUUACAGACCCAAAGGAAGUUGAAAAAGUUGCUUGUUUCCCAUCAGGGCAACAUCUGUAAUGGUCCCUUCAGAUGUGACCAAGCUAGAUAAUGAAAAAGAAGCACAUCUCAGAGAAGAAAGGUAGCAGCUAUGGCAAAAACUGGACUGAGAACUUACUUCCAGGAGAAAGUACCAUAGUCCAAGCAAGGAAUGUUUCCCACCUUCAGGGUAGACUUAUGGGAUUUCAGAGUUGUGAUGGAAUCCACUGGUGCCAGUCAGAUGGCUUCUAGUGCACCUCCCAGUGAUAGGACUAUACUUCCUACACCUGACUACUCUCAUACUUGGCCAUUGGACUUGUUCUUGCCAUUGAAAUGGGAGAGAAGUGAUAGACAACAAUUCUAAGCAGAAGCUUUAAAUAUCCUAUGUUUUGGCAAUUUUUCUCUUCUGUCUGCCACAAAAACAGCAUUCCCACGAAAGAGUUGCAACCUGGGAUACAUCCUGGAAUGAAACAUGUGGUGUAGAGCAGCAAGUGACACAUAAUAUGCACAAAAAAAAUAAACUUUGGUAUUGUAAAGCACUGAGAUUGCAGAUCUAAAUUUGAGAUGUAAAAAUAAAAUAGAACAGUCAGAGGAGAGUUGGGUACAUAAGUCAGAUAAUCAGAGAACAGAUCUGAACUAGAGAUAAAAUUUGGGAGUUGUCAGCAGCUAGAUUGCAUUAGAGGAACAUGAGUUUGCAAAGGAGACAAGAUCAGUCAGAUAUUUGGAAGAAAGCCACAAGUAAAUGUUUUAAUGUAAUCCCAUGUCUGCUGUCCUCAUUCUUUAUUCCUUUUGCUUCACUUCCUUUUCUCCAGCCUAGAGACUGCUCUGCACGCAUGAGAACCUGAGAUAACCACCAGCCUGCAUUUUGUGACUCUCAGCAAACUAGGAAUAGAAGGAAACUUCCUCAAACUGAUAAAGAACAUCUGCAGAAACCUACAGAGAACCUGUUGUGCCCUUACUUCUCUUUAUAAUUUUAUCAAGGAAUUGAUGCUGAUUUCACAUCAGAAAAGCAUCGAGCAGCUGCAGGAAACCCUUAGACAGAAGCUGAUGAAUGAUGAUAACUGGAAGGAGAAGAUUGAAGCUGAACUGGCCAAGGAAAGAGCUCGACAUUUAAUUGAAUCUGAGGAGCAAGCUCUUCUCUUUAAGAAAGAAGCAAAACUGGAACUUGAUAUUGAAAAAGAAAAGCAUGAAGAAAUAAUCCAAAAGUAUAAGAAAGAACAAGAGGAACUACAAAUGAAGAUAUCUGAAUUAAUCACAGGCGCUACAAGAGAUCUAAGGCUGGAAGUGACCACUCUUGAAGAAAAACUCCAUGAAUCCCAUAUUCGAUACACUGAAGAAUCUGAGUCAAAGGAAAAAGAGAUAGAAAACCUUAAAAAUUUGGUUGCAGAAUUUGAAUCUCGCUUGAAGAAGGAAAUUGACAGUAAUGAUUCCGUUUCAGAAGACUUGAGGAAGGAAAUGAAACAGAAGUCAGAGGAACUGGAAAGAGUAAUGCUGGCACAGACGCAACUGAUACAGCAAUUUAACCAGUCCCAGGAAGAGAACACUAUUCUUCAGGAAACGGUGCGUAGAGAGUGUGAAGAACGCUUUGAGCUGACAGAGGCUUUGAGUCAAGCCAGGGAACAGCUCCUGGAGCUCAGGAAGCUCAGUGGAAGUUUACCACUGUCACCAUGUUCCCUCGGCAAGGGCAGCCUAACCUCCCCUGCUACACCAGUCAGUAAUCAUGGAGAGAGAAGUCUCACAAGACUGAACUCCGAAAAAGGGAUCAGAAUCCCCGGCCUGCAUGGAGUGUCGAAACCCACCACUGCCCCAACCUCAGAUAAGCCCAAGAGGGUCAGCAGCUCAGGUUUGCCGGUUCUCCCCCAGCCACGUCCUCCCAGGGGUGGACCAUCUUCAGCAAAUGAGACCAGGCAGAGACUAGCUGCCCUUCUUCAGAGGAAGCUAAGUCAGCAGUGAUUGUCCACAGUCAGGAGUGUGCUCUUUCACAGAGUGCCAGAAACUCACUGUAGCUGAGGAUGACAGGAUCAAAUUAUUUUCAUAGGUCAAAAAUGCUUGUCUGUAGAUAUACUCUUAAGAAAUGUAACAAGCUAGAAAGUUGUGAACCCACAAUUGUAAUGUAAUUAAGUUGUUGGUAUUUCAGAGGGUCAAUUUCUAUAUUUAUGUAUUGUAUAUGUUCAGACGUGUGCUAUGAAUAUGCCCUUUUAGAGAUCACCGGUAAAAUUUUUCACCCAUAGCAUCUUUUCUAUUUUUUUUUUUUUUUUGGACCAUUACAAAGCAGAUAUAUUUCCACAAAGAAUAGAUUGCAUUGGU